AUGCCCUACCGCAUCUGGAGUGCGGCCAGACGGCCCAUCAUCGCCACCUGGAGCAAAGAGGCAGCAGGCUUCUGGGACACGGCAGUGGCAGGCUCCUCAGCGCUCAGAGUGGCGAUGCGCAGGCUGGUGAGGGCAGAGGCGGCAGUGCAAAUGGGCUCCCAUGCAGCAGGCAUCUUCUACGAUGCGGCCAACUCCUAUGACAACUUCGGCCUCGACCAGCUGAUCGAGAAGGCCAGCGACCUCAACUACCCUCUGCUGCCACUGGCCAUGUCAGCACAUAUGUGCCUGGCGCCGAGGGCCAUCAUGGCCCACAGCCUCUUCUUCGACGUCUUCGAGCCAGCCAACAGCAUGGUAGCAGGGUGUGACCAGGCCGUGGACCUCACGAAGCCGCUCCUCUACGGCGCCCUGGAGGCAGCGCACGUAAACUACAUCUACGUGGUGAUUCAGCAGUACCUGGACGACCUGGUCCUGAAGAUCGAAGGAGCAAGCAAGCAGGUCAUAGAGCAGGUGAGGUACGUGGCCGCCUUGGUGCAUCAGGGCUUCGCGAGGCUCUCCAUCCCGAUCUCCAUCAAGACGGCAGUCGUGGCCUCCGACAAAGGCCUUCAGCAGGAGAUCGCCAACAUCCUGGAUGGCGUGGGCACCCCGAAUAAGCAGCCAGGAGUGGUCCGAGACCUGGGCGUGGAUACGGGGCUGGGCAAGCAGCUGAAGCGGCCCACCCAUGCAGCCAGACAGGCGAAAGCAAAGCAGCGCAUUGAAAAGCUCAAGGACCUAGCUAAGACGGACGCCAGAGGGGCAGCCAAGGUAUACGCAGCGGGGGCCCACUGCCAACAUGCCUGGGACCUGCCAGCGCACGGCAUCACCCCCACGGAGGCGAUCAAGGUCAGGGCCACAGAGGCAGCGCUGCUCACAGGAGGGCACAAAGCAGGCAGAUGCACAGCCACCAUACUCCUGAUCCAGAGGGGCGCGCAGGAGGCGGUCACCAGGGCCAUCGUGGACCAAGUCAAGCAGCUCUGGCUCACCAUUGUGGACCACCCGUCGGAGCUAAAGAGGUGGAACCAGGUAAAGGGCACCAUGACAGGAGUCAUCGUGCAGCUGCUGGGGCUGGGAUGGAACCCAAGGUCCAGUUGCGCGCUCAGCAACAGCUCUGGCAGCAAGCGGCAGAGCAUCGGCACGGCGCAGGACAGAAGGAAGGGGGCGACCUCUACCAGCUGCAAAGACACCUGA